AUGUCUGACUCCAAGCUCCUGGCUUCUCUUCUUUUUAAACCCAGCCAGCCGCCGCCCACCAAGGCCUCUCCAUCCACAAUUACUUUGCAUGCAUCAUCCCACGACACCCUCCAACUAACACAGAUGUACUCAUAUCCCACCAUUGAAGAGCCGCAGCUCGCGGAUCAGGACUGGUACCCUACCACACAGGACUUUUUCUCCUACCCCGUUCCCACCGUCGCGGACCACGAGCCCUCCCCCCAGGCACCGCAGCCGCAACCACAGCUCUUCCGACCCCAGUACAUGGGUCGUAGUAGCUCAUUCAGCCCCUCGCUGGACCAAUUGAAGCGAGGUGACGACUUCAAAACUCUCAUGUUGCCGUCGUCCUCCAACAUCCAUGCCAAUGCUCCCCACACCCAAUUCACCGCCACCCGCAUGAAGCGAUCUUAUACACAGCCCGAGAAGGACAAUGAUACUCUCAGACGGUCCCAGUCCAUGAUGGCCCUGUCUGUUUCCACCGACGGACGAGCCCGUCUCCAGCCCAGAGAAUCGCGGGCUGCGCGAGAUCACUCGCCCCACAAGUUCCGAAUCGAAGAAGACAUUGAUUCGCAGUCGUCUUACUCUGAUAAUGUAUUUUCGGACCGGUCGUCUAUGUCGUCGGCUUCCUCAGCAUCUCCUCAGCUGGCCACAGACUUCCCGUCCUGUGUCCCAGUGCCAGUUGGAGUGUCUCGAUCCAAGUCCUGCGUGUCGCUUUCGCAGUUUGGAGGCUCGGCAUACCCUUCUCUUCCUCCUCCUGCAGUUUCUGCUGCCUCAUCCACUUUUCACUCUCCUUGCUCCUCCCCUUCCCCCAGCGUUUCUUCUUCUUCCGACGAAGACGACGAGGUGGCCGCCCCCAAAAACGACGCAUGCGUGGCGCUGGCUCGUCUGGUGGCCCGAAAACGGUCCAAGUCUCUCAAGAGUACCAACGCUGCUCCCCAGAGACCUCCACAUGUCCGAUCUCGGUCUCUCGUCGGAGCCUCGGACACAUACCAAACUCGAGCUGCUAUGUCUUCGACCUCUACCAUGGAGUCGUUCCAGUCGCGAGCAAGACGAGCCUGUGCACCGGUAGUGCCGCCCGCUAGCAUGCUGACUCCCCCUGCCUCCGCCACCUCGGACAAGGGCUUUGACUUCGGCAUGACCCGAACUUCUAUGAGAUCCAUUUCCCCCAAACGAGGCCGAACCUCCAUGGCCGUCGCAUUUAACUACACAGACGGUUCUCCUCAUUCACACUUUCAUCGACGACAAAUGUCGCUCAGUGACCUUAGCCAGCUGUCGCUCCAGCCCGUACAGUCUGAGUGGUCCAACUAA